AUGGCGACUCCUUUCAAGAUUCAGCUGGAACCCCAGAACUCGGGGCUUCUAGGGAUGAAGCUUGGUCAGAGUGAGGCCUCGAAGGCAACUGACCUGCUGCAGAAGGAUCUAGAGAACCACCACGUCUUCUUCAACGAGUCUGGCUUUCACGACCAUAUUGUUCAUCAAGUCUUAACUCUAUAUGGUACCGGCGCAACAACAAAGGACCUGGACACUGCAUACAACGCCAACAAGACAUAUCAGCUUAAGGCCAUGAAACCAAAGCCUGAUGUCGUUGAUAAACUAGAACACGGCUCAGACUGGUCACAAUAUCUUGGAAAAGGUAGAAACUAUGCUACAUUCUUUCGUUUCUUCCAGGACGAGAUCGAAAGAAUAGGAUGGCAGGACACACUCAAGGAGUAUCUCUUCAAGGACGAUGCUCGAGGCCGUGACAUGCAAAGCCGUCUAUUCGCCGGUAUUCUUCACCCACUUAUUCAGUUGUUGUAUGGCAUGGAGUGGUCACAGCCCAUGAUCAUCGCUUCAGCUCUUGCACAGACUGCUGUUCAUCGAGACGAUUAUAAAGAAUUUCUCACAGCCGCUGCUGGAAAGGCUCAAGCUUCCGAUGCGCCACCUAAGAUGAAGACCAUUGGUGGCCUUUAUGAAGACGCCGUAAAGAAUGACAAACUUCGAACAAGCUCGCAUUGGGAUGAUUCCAACCGGAUCUUCGAUGGUGUAUUUGCGAGGGCGAAGGACGAGAUGAUCACGUUGGCGGCGAAAGUGAGGGUUGAUGAGGAGGAGCUGGACGAAAAGAUUGCCGAGAUGGUCCAUCACUCUGCUUUCGUUGCUUCAGCUGCUGCUUUUCAUCCACCUCAUGCUCCAAGAUUCGAAUUUAUUCUCAUGCAAGUCUCUCCUUUCCACACUGACCCCGUUGCUAACCGCGGCAGGCAUCACAUAACAUCGACGCCAUUCUUUCUCACGCUAAAAGAGCAGUCCUGGAUUCCAGCAUCAACCAAGGCGCGCUUCUUGGAGAACAAAAUCCGCAUGGAUCUCCUGCAGUACAUCGCUCGUGGCUCGCCAGCUCUUCGUGGCGAUCUGCUCUGUGGCUAUAAGCCCAAGGAUGGAGAUAAUCUGGUGGGUAAGCCAGAAGAUCUAUUCCCAAGGAUUCACAAGGUCGUGGAUGAUGGGCACACUGUCAAGUUGGCCAGGGCACUGAUGCUGGCGCAAAGAGUUACCAAGCCGUAUGAGAACAAGAAGUGGGUGAGGAUCAAGGGAGAUGACGAGUGGUUGAGGGCUGUGUACCUGUUGCUGGAUGCCAAUGAGGAAGCUGAUAGGCAGGGAGGUACCAUGUGGGUUCGAUCUUCAGGGUUCGAUGAAGCUUGGGAGGAGAUUCCCAAGGCUAAGAUGUAA